GGUUGCUGCCAGCAAGGUCUUUACUGUUGAAAAAAAUGAUAGAAAACAUGGGUUUUCUUCUUCCGCAUCUACUAGAUUUGAUUAUCCUUUUGGGCUAUGAAACCUGUUCUUCCUUCUAUCUCUCUCUCCAUGGCUGUCUGUUGGCUCUAUCCAUUUCCGGCUGAUACUGCUUUUGUGUCAGGGUGUGGUUUUAUUCUAUGCGAACUUGAAUUGACAUUGCCAAAAAUAUGGUUAGAAUUCAGACAAUCCAAACCUAAAACUAACAAACUGUGAGUGAUGGCCUCGGUCAUCCAAACUUAGGAAUGACCAAAUUUCCUUUCAAUCAGUUAUCCAUUUAAAGUGAAAGUAAAAAAUAGGACGACGUUUUCUUGAGAAUCAAAGCAUUUACUAAUCAAUUAUUCUACCUUUUAGUAAAGAUAGACAGCGAUGUCAAAAGUAAAUUUGCUGACUCAUUAAAUUUAUUCUGAAAUUCAUUGUAUUUUUCCAUGCCAUGCCAUUGCAUUGCAAUGUCGUACGGCUAUACGAGUGUGCAGUAAUCGGGCAGAUUCCAAGAAAACACAAUGAUCGAGUCUACUCUCCUUUCCGAGAUUUGUUUAUGGCUUGAUAAACUUUUUAAGCAAUUUCAGGGUUCUAAACUACGAUUGCUGACCAAAAUUAGUUGGCUUCUUAUCGUGGUAAUCGACCAAAGGCCUCCAGGAAUGUCUUUCGAUUUGUGGAUUCUGAUAGCUGGUUUCAGUUUUUGGGCAUUGAUUUUCUUCAACGGCUUCCUUCCACGGCUUAUACCAGUCUCCUAAUUUUCUCAAAGGCCAACAUCUCCGCAUCAUCUGGCCUCGCUGGGAGGGUAACCCCAAAGGACUAUCAGGGCCGGUCAAAGGCGGUGUUUUUAUCGAUUAUUUGGCAGCCCGGUUCAAUGUCACGUAAUUAUCAAAUAAUUUUUUAAUUGGAAAAAAAGUAAAAUUUGUUUGACUGUUUGGAAUUACCAGGUACGAACAUGUUAAAGUGACUGAAAACCUGCUGUAACCCACCCAAAAUGGAAGAGGACUUUUUAGUUACCUUUUUGAUAAUCAAAAUGACUUCAUAGUUUCAGCAAUCGUGCCGACAUCUUCUCGCUUGAAAACUGUUGAUAUUACUCUGCCGUGGAGUUAUGGCUCAUACGUUUUCCUCCUUCCGAUUCCCGACCAGUCGGCCACCUGAUGGUGAAAAUAUUCGGACGCAUAAACUUCAAGGAGACUAUCAACAAGGAACCCCCAAACUUCCCUGUGCUCUAACGGGAUCGGAUGCUUGCUGUAGGUCCAUCUAAAAAAACUGGCUUAACAAGAAAUGGAGGUUCCUAGAAGGGAGGAUUAAAACUUGCGUUUGCUACUAAUUAAAAAUGCAGUAGUUUGUGUGUGAUCUAUUCAGUUUUCAUUAAUUAGGCAAAGAAUUAAUUUCAUCGUGGAAAUGCAGACCGAGGGAGCAGUGUACCUUAUUAGUAAAACUGACCGACGAAACGGAGGUUAAAUCCGCCAUUCCGUUAAAGUUGAAUUUGAGAUGAGUAUAAUAUUUUAUUAUUUCUUUUUAUUUCCAACUGCAUUGCACUUUCUGCGGAAGUGCACUCCGUAGUUAUUUUUUACUAGAAUUAACAGCUAUUUUAUUUGUAAGUCGGUACUUAGCAAAUGCGAACUUGAACCUUGUACGUUUAGGUUUAAAACUAUAGUUCUAAUUUUUUUGGUUAUUCUGAGAGUUUAAUUAUUCAAUAUUUUCCCAGCGACCUACUAUCUUCCCAGUGAUCUAAUGACUGAGUCAAGAGUGGGAGAAUUGUCCUGUUAUUUAUCAAAAAGGCAGACUCAGCAAAACAAUCUGUAUUCUAGGUAUCUCUUAUGCUCUCUCUCUCUCGUUUGUGAUAAUGUUAUUCGCGUCUUUUGGGGCUGAAAGAAUUUUUUUUAAGUAAAAGGCAACGCCAGUAACUCAAUAGAAGGUCGAGUCUAACUAGAUGGGAGACAAGGAAACAAUUAAGCUGGUAGUUGUCGACUCAAUGCGAAAGAGAAACAUGUCAGAGACAGAUCAAUCAUCGAUACACCCGUCUCUUAUCCGGAUUUUUUAAUUUUUUCACCAUCGGUAUAAGUGCGUCUAUUGGAACACACCCUAUGUUCGGUAACGGUGUUGUUGGUACUUUAAAGCAAUAUAUAAGAAUAAAUUUGGUGUGAGGAAGCGUCUUCAGUGUCCAAAUGGUUCAGCACAUUAUUGUGGUGUUGGAACUUAUUGUGUUCAAUAUCAAUUUGUUUCCUUCUUUCAGUUGAAAUUUUAAGUGGAUUUAUUGAUGUUUCCCCUUACGAUUAUGCCAUAGAAAUCACGACAUGCAAAGUACUUGCCAUUUAGAAAUAUCUUCGAUCUACUAGUCUUUUUUUUUUAAAAUUUAGAUCCCACCGUGUUGGAAUCGUGCAAUUUCGGUAGACAAGUUGUAGACAGGAGCAAUUUGGCAAUUAUGUGUGGUCUUGUACACGACAGUCACCUUCAAUUUCCUUUCUAUUUUAAGAUUUGAGGACGCUCGCCAUCGUUCGUAUUGUUGUCCAAGCAAAAGAGAAUUGAAAAAGGGAAAGUUGAUAUUUUCGUUAUUUCAUUCUGAAAGUUCUUGUAUGUGCAGUACAUAAUUCCGGAAUAGUUUCUUUUCGCUAAGAUAAUCGGGCUGUUUUUCUUUGGGCCUUGGGGUAACUAAUUUCUCCGGUUAGUUGAUGCUGAUCCGUACUCAUUUUCACAGGUCAUAACUAUAUGACCUAUUUACAGGAUUUUCUUUUUACUCGGUUCAGACGUGUAUUCGGAUGCACAGAAUGCUACUGAUUGCCAGAACUCCACGAAAUCGAAUCCCAAAAUAUUGUUAUUUGUUUAAUGGAAAUGAUCUAUUAGAAGCUAACAUUAAUUCGUGCAUGUAUAGCGCUAUUCAGUAUUUAUGCUUACGCUUUUCCUGUUAGGAACAUUAAAACCUAUUUAAGGAAAUAUUUCACCUGUGUUCCAUUGAAUAUUUGACAUGCAAAAAUUAAAUUAUGGUAAGCCCAUUAAAAUCAUAAAUAUUUAACAUUGGAUUGAUUUAUCGUUCAGCAUCGGCGAUCUAAUACUAACCAAUGUUGAUAUCUAAAUUUGCGGUUUUACCUUCACCUUCUUUUUACCUGCAGCUCCACCCUCACAUUGCCAUCAGUCGUCACUCUUUUUCGUAUAAAAUCGUGGAGGAAUGAGUUGGAAAGUAUCAGUUAUCCAGCUGUUUCAAACAAGUCAACUACUGCUCCAACAUGAAGUCCUUCAUCCUCGUUACCCUAUUUGCCUUCGCUGCUGCCACUACCUACAAGGCUGCUGAAUACAAAGCACCAAAGUACGAGACUCCCAAGUACGAAGAAGUGACAUACGCCCCUCAACCCUACAGCUUCGGAUACGAUGUCCAGGAUAAAGAAUCUUACAACGACUUUGAGCACAACGAGAAGUCUGACUACAACGUAGUCAGCGGAUCUUACCGCGUUGUUCUCCCCGACAGCCGCAUCCAGAUCGUCACCUACAAGGCUGACGCCAACGGAUACACCGCUGAUGUGAAAUACGAAGGCGAAGCCAAGUAUCCCGAGUACGCUGUGCCCCAAUCGAAAGCUGAUGCUUCCUACUCCGCUCCAUCCUACAAGGCUCCCGAAUAUAAACAACCGGCCUACGUCGCCCCCGCUUACACCGCGCCAUCCUACACUACCCCAGCCUACACCACUCCAUCCUACACCACUCCAUCCUACACUACUCCAUCCUACACCACUCCAUCCUACACCACUCCAGCCUACACCACUCCAUCCUACACCACUUCAGCCUACAAAGCCCCAGCCUACACCACUCCAGCCUACAAAGCCCCAGCCUACACCACUCCAGCCUACAAAGCCCCAGCCUACACCACUCCAGCCUACAAAGCACCAGCCUACACCACUCCAGCCUACAAAGCCCCUGCUGUUUACCCUAAAUAUUAAUUCCCAUUGUCAGUUGCUUUAUCUUAAUUCUGAGAUUAUUAUUUAAUAAAGUUUUCAAACGUG